AUGGCAACCACAGAAUCUCAAUCUUACAAUCCGGACAUACCGGCAGACCCUGUGACCAAGACCACAGACACCAUCCAUGUCGAACUCACUCCGCACGAUCUAGACUCCUUGUCAGCAACAAGAUUUGUCCGUUCUCCAUCCGCAGGCGCAACUGUUCUAUUCAUAGGCACGACUCGCGACUCUUUUAACAACGAGCCUGUUUCAUCUUUGGCCUACACUUCUUACGCUCCCCUUGCCAUCAACACACUCUUCAAGAUCGCCACAUCAAUCCUCACAAAACACUCAUGCACUAAGAUCGCCAUCAUUCAUAAGUUGGGUGAAUGUCCAAUUGGCGAGGAGAGCAUUGUCAUUGCAGUAUCGUCACCGCACCGCCAGGCCGCAUGGAGAGCUGGUGAGGAAGCAUUGGAGGAGACGAAGGACAAAGCUGAGAUCUGGAAGCUCGAAAGGUUCGAGGGAGGUGAGGGUGUUUGGAGAGCAAAUAGAGACGGGCAAAAAGGUGUCAAGGUUGAAGAUGGAAAACCUUCAUGA